AUGAACAAUCAAAAAAUUUUAGUCCUUGGUGCUACUGGAUAAAUUGGAGCAGCUACUGUUAGAGCCCUAGCUUAACUUAAAGCUAAUGUCACUGCUGGUGUAAGAAAUCCUAGCAAAGCUAAAGAAUUAGAAGAUGCUGGAGUAACUGUUGUUAAAGCUGAUAUGGGUCAACCCUAAUCUGAAUUGGCUUAAAUUCUCAAGAAUUAUGAUAAUCUUUAUGUUGUAACCCCUGGUCACGUUGAUCGUUCCAAGUUAGCAAUUAAUGCUAUCAAAGCCGCUCAAGAAGCUCACAUUAAGUAUAUUCUUGUUGUUUCAAUGACAGCUGCUGAUAAUCUUGAAAUACUUUUUGGAAAACAAUUCAAUCCUAUUGAGAAAGAACUCAAAUAGAGCGGACUUAAUUAUGGUAUUUUAAGAUUCCCCAUGUUUACUGAUAACAUUUUCGGAAAUGCUGAACAUAUUAAGUCUCAUAACUCUUUCUACGGACCUAUUGAAGGCGAUAGGAAGUUUGUCACUGUUGCUAUCCAAGAUGCUGCUCUUGCUGCUGCUACAAUUCUUGUUAAUCCCAGCAACCACAUGGGAAAAACUUACUGUAUUACAAGUGAAUUAAGCUCCAGCGAUGAAUAAGCUAAAGCUUAUACUGAGGCAUUAGCAAGACCAAUUAAGUAUGUGAAAGGAACCUAUGAAGGAACAAAAAAGGCCUUAUUAAAUUUCAUGCCUGAAUGGUAGGUUGAUGGAGUGUUAGAAUUAUACAGGUUGAUCGAAAAGAAAGAAUAAAGCCAAAUUACCUACUCCAAUGAUUUCAAGACCAUAACUGGUAAAGAACCAACCACUCACUUAAGGUUUAUGCAACAAUUUACAAGUGCCUUUUGA